AACUGUCAGAGUACCGUAUCCGUAGCCUGCGUUGCCAAAGAUUUAGUUUUGCCAAAGUUCGUGCAAGGGACUCACACGGAAACCCUUGCUACGCACAGGUAAAUAUUCAAGAAAAUAGUUCAUAUGUCGUUAUUACGUGAAGCACCGUGUUUGUUGGGUAGCCAGCCGUCCGCGCUCAUCAUAAACUCAUUAUAAACUCUGCAUUGGUGAUCCAAAGAAGUUCGAAUAAAUGGUGAAGGGAGAAAUUUAAAAACAGAGUAAAUGAAAUUAAUAUAGUAAUAAUUAUAAUAGUUCUGAGGUAUGUAAGUUAAGUAAGGAGGGUUACAUGUUUGAGUUAAGUUUUCGAGCUUAAGGCUGGUUUUAAAGAUCAAUUUUCACUAAUACAGGGAGGCAUUACUACAAAACGCGUUUCACAAAUCUUAUAAAAUACUGUACUAGUACAAAUCAUGGGAAAUACAUAAUGUAAUAUUCCACAAUAUGUAUGACCCAUUAGGGCUAUAAACCCCUGGGGCUUUAUAACCAACGAAUAACGGCAUUAUAUAUCAAGUGCCUGAGCUCUUGUGAUUAGUUAGUAUGAUGGAUGACCUAACGAUUACUGGACUUUACGAGACCUUCACAGAACUAACUGGGCAGUGCACAGUUAGUUGAUAUGUGCAUAUUUGCACCUGCCACUGGGUCAAGACUAGCCUCUAGACUCUUUUUACAAUGAUAUAUGUCCUUCCAAGUCGCUUUUGUUGUUAUUACAAAAGAGACUUGGAAAGAUGUACAUCCUUGUAAGUACAAAAUAUGUCAAUUAAUGCAAAAAUAAUUGAGGUUUUUAUGCCCUGAACGAACCUACCAUAGUACAAAACUUAUGAGCAAGAGAUGUAGGGUAGGUGAGGGGUGGGGGGGAAGGGGAUAAGAGUAAAGCUUUACCCAAGCUUUGACGUUGUGCUGCGGGGCUAAAAAUAACGCUCGGCCAAGAGACAAUGUCCGGCCAAAAUAAUCGUUACAGUCAAACCUCUCGGUACGGGCACCUCUAUAAUACGGACACCUCUCUAUUACGGACAGUUCGUUUGGUCCCAGAAAUGCCAAAAAUAUCAUACAUUGCCUACCUCUAUAAUACGGACACCUCUGUAAAGUGGACACUUGGUUCUGUCCCUUUGGUGUCCGUACUAAUAAGGAUUGACGGUAUUCGCAUAAUACAUUUCUAUUGUUUCCCCUUCAUGCACCAUCACCUCUACUUUUCUAUUGUUCUCUCUCCAGCACCACAUUUCUAUUGUUUUCCCUCCACCACCACCACCACCGCUUCCACCACAUUUCGAUUGUUUCUCUUCACAGCCGCCACCACCACUACAUUUCUAUUGUUUUCCCUACACCAUCACCACCAUACAGUCACACCUCUUUAAUACGGACACCAAAGGGACAGAACCAAGUGUCCACUUUACAGAAGUGUCCGUAUUAUAGAGGUAGGCAAUGUAUGAUACCCUAUUUGGCAUUUCUGGGACCAACGAACUGUCCGUAAUAGAGAGGUGUCCGUACCGAGAGGUUUAACUGUAUUUCUUUUGGUUUCCCAUCUUUAACCAAUGAAAACGUUUCUUAUUUUCUAAUCACCCAACCGAAAACCAAGGUAUUUAUCGACCUUGAAGUAACUAGAAAACCUGUCAAACCGGUUAAACCACCUUAAAAUAGCACACGACCUUAUCUUAAUUAGAUUCCGCAGCACUAUAUUCAUGAGAUAAAGACAAGAAGCUAUGACGCCAUGGGCAUUAAUAUAUUCCUGCGGAAGUUAAUGAGAUUCCUGCGCAUAAAAGGCGUUUAUUAAUUAGGUGCGCCCUAUGCGACUUAAAGUGAUUCCUUAGCGAUAGAAUCUAACAUAGAUUGUAGAUGAAACUUGGCACACUGAUGUAACAAGUCAAGGAGAUGAUAAAAAUGCAAUAAAAAGUGGGGGUCACCCUGCUCGUUUUCACGUCACAAUGCUGACAAUUACGGCUAUUUAGGACCCUUUGGCAAAAACCGCGCGCAGCCCAAAACUAGACAAAAAGGAUAUAUUUUUGUCGGUGAUGCAUGUGGUAUCGCACAGAAUUUGAGUCAGCCUGUGAACAGGCCUUUCGUCGAGCGGGGAACUGGGGAGAGGGAAAAGCGAAAAGGGCUCUCUCCCCCCUCCCUUUCCUCGCUAUUUUUUCCCAAACAGAGAGCCUGUUCACAGGCUAAAUUUGAGUUAAAUGAAUUGUUUAUCGACUUACUUACGUACAAUAAAAAUGCCUUUUAAUGCCCUUGUUUUUACUUUACGCUCUAAAGUAGCAGACUUAAUUUGGACACGCGCUAUUCGACCCGUUAUAGCUCAAUCCGUACAAUUUAGUAAAACUGCUAAAAACCUAAACAAAGAUUUAUGACCAUUUUUUUCUCACUGAAAGGAAGCACUGUUCUUAUCAAAAUCAUGAAAUAAAAAAUAGGGGCCAUCGCACUCGUUUUUGCGAUAGAGCUGCAGAAAGUGCCCCCAAAUGCAGUUCCUCCGAUUUUUGAGCGAGGACUGGGGCGAGUUUUAAAAUGGCAUGUAUGAAAGGAAGGGGAAGAAAGCAUUGAAAAAUCUUUUCAUACAGAAUUUAUAUCAACAUAUCACAGUUAGGACGCAAUGUGAUAAAGAUGGCACUAAAAUGAAAACCAAAGUGAGUUAGCACAAGUCUAACAUACACUAUCAAGGUUCUCCUGAGGAAGUCGAACUCACAUUCCCAACAUACAAAGUGUCAUCUCGGAAAGAAACAACCGCAAGCGAAAAUUCCAAAAGCGUUUCUCUUCAGUCAACUUCAUUUUAAUAAUGUUACUUCUGAUGCUCUUUUUCACGGCGGCAAUCUUGUUAUGCGCAGUAAGAAAUGCGCAGUGAAUAACCAGCGACUUACCUCAGUUUAACCAUCUGAAAAUACAUGUACAUUUAACAAUUAUUACAGCCACUAUUCACCUCGAUUUCAAAGAAUAAUUGUUUUAGUAUAUACACACGAAGUGGUCUCAACAAAAUCAGAGAGGAAACCAUUAAAAGGUACGAUUUAAAUAAAUAAAUAAAUAAAUAACGAUUGCAGGUAUCACAUCCACAAAGUGGUUCUUCGUCUACCUGAUUCCUGGUCGAAUCGGAAUUUGGAAAUGUUAGUUUUUGAGGAGAAGGAAAACCGGAGUGCCCGGGGAAAAACCUCUCGGAGCAAAGGAGAGAACCAACAACAAACUCAACCCACAUGUGGCGUCGACGCGGGGAUUUGAACCCCGGCCACAUUGGUGGGAGGCGAGUGCUCUCACCACUGCGCCACCAUUGCUCCCCGAUUUGAUUGACAGAUCAAAUCACGCGAAAGUUUAAAAUUAGAUCUUUGUAGAAUGUUCAAACAUGGCAAUUCACAAGUUUAUCACUUCGCAAACAACAGCGUAAUGGCUUAAAUGGAACCCGCUAAAAGUUUGAACUGUUUCCUUACCUGAGAAGAAAAGUAGAGCUUUGCUGUUUUCUGUUGACUCGCAAAGUUUACAGCCAAAAGGGUUUAUUGUGUCGUUCUUCGCAUGAAAUGCUGACGACAAAAUGGCGGCUCGGUUGCUCGAGGUUAGACGCCGUCUUCCUCUAUCAUUCUUUUUCCUGUUUACUUGAAACGUAGAAUUACUGCAAACAUUUCCUUUUAAUUUGUUUGUCAUAAAUAAACUUCGAUUUUUGAGCCAAAGUUUUCUGUUAAAAAACGCUGAGUUCACGAAACGGCUUCUUCUACGCGAAUACAAAAACAAUCCAUCGAGCACAAACCUCAGCUACAGUAAAUUGAAAAACGCCGUAUUGAAUCCUUACAAGUCUUUUCUUGCCUUAAAAAAGUCAACCCUAGGAUUUUGUCGACUUUUAAAAGAUCUUUCUCUAAAAAAAUGGGAAAAACACCGGCCUCACACAUUAUCCACUCGCUAGGAGGUGAAUAUUGUUGAAUAGUCCGAGAUAACGAACCAAUCAGAUUGCUUAAAUCACCAAGAUCACUGAGUGUGUACCCAGUGGCCUUGGAACGGCGGAUCAAUCAUGAUGUACAAAUAGCAAAUAAAUGGUUCGAAGACAAUCGGAUGAAAGCAAACCCUGCUAAACAUCACGGGAUGGUUCUUGGAAAAACCGAUUACCCUUUCUCCUUUUUAACCACAAGAUGCCUGGAUCUUUUUGGAAUAUCUCUAGACAAUGAACUUAAUUUCAAGGAUCACAUAUCCUCUGUAUGCAAAAAAAUAAAUAAUCAGUUCAGUGUCUUCAAAAGAUUUGGCAAACUUAUCUCAUCCGAAAUUAUGCUUCGCCUUUAUAAAGCGUUUAUCUUACCCCAUUUUCACUACUGUUCAAUGAUAUGGCACUUUUGUAAUUCAGAAGAUUCUGUCAAACUGGACACCUUAAAUAGACGUAUUUUAAGAUUUGUUUUAAAGGACUGGGACUCGAACUAUGAUGCUCUUCUAGACAAGGCUGGUGUGUGUGGUUUAGCCAACAAGAGGAUACAAAAUAUGAUGAUUUGUAUAUUCAAAUGUCUCCAAUUUGGUAAAUAUCCGUGCUAUUUAAAACAACUGAUCAAGUUAAGAUCUACUGCUUACUCCCUACGGGGUACUAAUAUUUUAUCACUUCCUAAGCCGUCUACAACCACAUAUGGUCUAAAUUCCUUUAGCUAUUCAUCUGUUAAGUACUGGAAUUCUCUACCUGAUCACUUUAGAAAGACUGUAGAUUAUAGUGAAUUUAGGCGCAAAUUGUUAGUGCACAGUUUUAGUUAAUACUACAUUAAUUAAUAUUAUAUUAUAUAUGUUGUAACUUUUAAAAUUAGUUAGGAUCGGAGAUACUAGCUAUGUAAGCUACACUAAAAUCCGAGGAUAAAUAAAGUUUAUGUAUGUAUGUAUGUAUGUAUGUGUAUGUACUAAUAAUAUAUGUUAGCUGUUUGCGGUCACAAAUUUGGAGAAUGCAGUACAGACGUUGACAUUCUACGGUUUUGUGAAUGUCACUUAGCGGUUGCUAACUGUAUUAAGUUUAGAAACAUCACAAUACGGUUUUUUCACUAAAAAUAAUGUAUCGAGUUUUGAUUGGCCGUUUUACUGGCAGCCCCGCGUUACAAGCUUUAUAUCGAGUGCCUCUUGCGAGGGAACACGACGAACUGGAAAGAAAGCGUUGCACAUGGGAAAUGUGCUCGCUCGCGUGGAAAUGAGCUGCGAUUUAUUUCAUACAAACUGUAAAUGCAUGACGCAUAAAAGAGGAAAGCUAUUCCUCAAUUAGUUUAUUCUGAUUUUUCUAUUGCUGUGCUUUGACAUAUUAAGGUAUCAUCCAGGGUAAAAAAUCAUCAUUUUUCUAGAUUUGCAAUUUUUUGACGAUUGAAUAAAGCUCAUCAAGAGCUUUCUUUAAAAAAAAAUUCCAGGAGAAAAUGUUUUUUUCUGUGCAGACUUAUGGAGUGCAGAAGUUUGGCAGUUGAUAAAGGCUGGAUACGAUUUUUUUUCCCGUAUCUUUGACUUGAAAUACUUUCUGAAAUAAUCUACUGAUACCUGAUGUUCUUCCUUGGCACAUUUUUUACUAGAUCCCAAUCAAACAUGGAGUACACUUUGGAGCAAUUAAACUAUUUCAGAGCAUGUUACAUCGCCUUCAACUUAGUUCCCCAAGGGCUUCGAAAAGUCUUCAAACGAGAGUGGGAUUUCCUUUACAAGACAACGCCGUUUGGGGAAUGGAAAGAUAUUUCACAAAAUGGCCGCGAUUUCUACAACAAAGAAUCACGAAAGAGUCACACAAAGAAUGCGCGACUUUUGGCGACAAUACAAAGGGGAAACACAGCUGAGUGGGAUUGCAGUUGCCUAUUUGUUGCUAUUUUGUACUCGGAUUGCAUUGGCAGUACUCUUAGUCCCGCAGUCAGAAAAGAAGUUGACGAUCUCAGACAAGUUCGAAAUGAUAUCGCUCACUUGAACGAGGUUGAACUUACUGAUGCUGAAUUCCAUAAUUACGUAGCAAGAGUGUUAGCUGCUUUUAAUUCACUGAAGCUUCCAAGAAAUGAAGUUGAUGAUAUAAAAAACCAGACAGACUUUCCAACAACUCGAGUAAACAGCCUUAAAAUGCAGGCUGAUAAUCUUAAAGCUGAGUUGAAAACCAAAGAACAAGAAAACAAAAAUCUUACCUCGGAAUUACAGUCGACCCAAGCCACAUUACAAACAAAACAGGAAGAAGUAGAAACACUUACUCAGGAAAUCAAUUCCAAAGUCGACUCUUUCUGUACUCUGACAUUCAAGCCAUCACAUAAAAUCAUCAAACGAUCAAGUGAUGUCAAAAGAAUCACAAAAAAACUGGACGAGCUUUACAACGAAAGUAAUGGAGCUAUCAGCACUAUUUAUCUAUCAGGUAUUCCAGGCUGCGGAAAAAGCCAAUUAGCUCGACAACUGGGACAAGACAUUUUCGAUAGGAGGUUGCAAGAAAACGACCGUCUUACAUUUGUUGCAACCCUAAAUGCAGAAACGCUAGAUUCACUUGCAGACUCCUAUUCUAGUCUGGCAAGACAUUUGGGAAUAACAGAAUACACUCUCACCAACCUCGAGACUUCUACAAAGGAGAACCCAAGACAAAAAAUCCAGUAUCUAAAGCGAGUCAUUUACCCAAAGACGAAGCAUUUCUCCAACUGGUUGAUAAUUGCAGAUAAUGUUUUUGACCUGUCACUGGUUUGUAAGGAUCUGCCUCCGACCGGUAGUGAAGAAUGGGGCCAUGGUCAGGUGCUAAUAACUACUCAAGAUAGCAGCUCAAUACCCUUCAAUGCUCCACUUAUUUACCAUGAGUCUCUUAGCAAUGGAAUGCAUCCCGAUGACGCAGUGAACCUAUUACGACAAGUAUCUCAGAUUCAGGAUCAGAACCAAGAUGAAAAAGUCGCUGAAGUUCUCGAGUAUCAGCCACUUGCUUUAGCAGCUGCUGCCUUUUAUGUACAAACCAUUGUGGUCAGUGGUUCUGCGAACUUCCACUGGAAAGACUACUUGGAAGCACUUUCCCACGGCGAACGUGAAGCGACAGAAAAACUUCUUGCAAACCAGAACAUAGCGUACUCCGAAACAACAACUACUGCUAUUCAAAUGGCAAUUAUGAGAGCUUUAGAAAGUGAUGACGUUCUGCGAGAAGUAUUGUAUUUGUUUUCUCUAUGCGCACCUGAGUCUCUUCCGAUGGAAGUUGCUGUUGACUUUGUUAAAUUACGUAUCACUGGGCAAACAGAAGAAUUGAUCAAAACUAAAAUUUUCAAAGCCUCCUUAUUGUCCUGUUCACACGACAAAGACGGCUCAUAUACCUUUAUAAGGAUGCACAACAUCGUUCAUGAAGUGCUCACGUUAAUUAUAACAUCUAAAAUUGAUUCAACAAAUAGAGUUAAGUGCAUUUCUGAUGUUAUUGAGAUCUUUCACUCUUUAAUGGAGGAGAACAGAAAUCGGUUACAUUCAAGUAAGCAUGCGUUUGCUAAGUUACGUGUAAUUACGAGUCACUGUAAAGUAUUACACGUAAUUGUUAACACCGAUUUCACUAAAUCAAAAGUAUUCCUAACUUCAAUCAACCCUAGAAAGUUAGUUUCGUGGCUUUUUUUAGCCGCUGAUGUUUGCUGUGACCUUAGUACCCCGUCGGAUGCAUAUCGUUUUAGUACGUCAAUCUGCAAUUUUAUACAUUUUCUUAAUGAUUUCAAGGAAGACAAAUUGUUAAGAGCGAACAUAAACAGCACACAAGGAAACGUUUACAUAGCCCUUGGCCAGUACAGUGAAGCUAAAGAAUACUAUGAGAAGGCUCUCAUCAUUACAAAAGAGAUUUACGGUGAAAAGCAUGGUGACGUAGCAGCAAGUUACAACAAUCUGGGAAUUGUUUACAGUCACCUUGGCCAGUACAGUGAAGCUAAAGAAUACUAUGAGAAGGCUCUCAUCAUUAGAAAAGAGAUUUACGGUGAAAAGCAUGGUGACGUAGCAGCAAGUUACAACAAUCUGGGAAUUGUUUACAGUUACCUUGGCCAGUACAGUGAAGCUAAAGAAUACUAUGAGAAGGCUCUCAUCAUAACAAAAGAGAUUUACGGUGAAAAGCAUGGUGACGUAGCAGCAAGUUACAACAAUCUGGGAACUGUUUACAGUUACCUUGGCCAGUACAGUGAAGCUAAAGAAUAUUAUGAGAAGGCUCUCAUCAUUAGAAAAGAGAUUUACGGUGAAAAGCAUGGUGACGUAGCAGCAAGUUACAACAACCUGGGAACUGUUUACAGAAACCUUGGACAGUACAGUGAAGCUAAAGAAUACUAUGAGAAGGCUCUCAUCAUUAGAAAAGAGAUUUACGGUGAAAAGCAUGGUGACGUGGCAGCAAGUUACAACAAUCUGGGAAAUGUUUACAGUGACCUUGGCCAGUACAGUGAAGCUAAAGAAUACAAUGAGAAGGCUCUCAUCAUUAGAAAAGAGAUUUACGGUGAAAAGCAUUGUGACGUAGCAGCAAGCUACAACAAUCUGGGAAAUGUUUACAGAAACCUUGGCCAGUACAGUGAAGCUAAAAAAUACUGGGAGAAGGCUCUCAUCAUUAGAAAAGAGAUUUACGGUGAAAAGCAUGGUGACGUAGCAGCAAGUUACAACAACCUGGGAUUUGUUUACAGUGACCUUGGACAGUACAGUGAAGCUAAAGAAUACUAUGAGAAGGCUCUCAUCGUUACAAAAGAGAUUUACGGUGAAAAGCAUGGUGACAUAGCAGCAAGUUACAACUACCUGGGAACUGUUUACAGAAACCUUGGACAGUACAGUGAAGCUAAAGAAUACUGUGAGAAGGCUCUCAUCAUUACAAAAGAGAUUUACGGUGAAAAGCAUGGUGACGUAGCAGCAAGUUACAACUACCCGGGAACUGUUUACAGAAACCUUGCACAGUACAGUGAAGCUAAAGAAUACUGUGACAAGGCUCUCACCAUUAGAAAAGAGAUUUCCGGUGAAAAGCAUGGUGACGUAGCAGCAAGUUACAACAAUCUGGGAAAUGUUUACAGUUACCUUGGCCAGUACAGUGAAGCUAAAGAAUACUAUGAGAAGGCUCUCAUCAUGACAAAAGAGAUUUACGGUGAAAAGCAUGGUGACGUAGCAGUAAGUUACAACAAUCUGGGAACUGUUUACAGUUACCUUGGCCAGUACAAUGAAGCUAAAGAAUACUAUAAGAAGGCUCUCAUCAUUAGAAAAGAGAUUUACGGUGAAAAGAAUGGUGACGUAGCAGCAAGUUACAACAAUCUGGGAAUUGUUUACAGUCACCUUGGCCAGUACAGUGAAGCUAAAGAAUACUAUGAGAAGGCUCUCAUCAUUAGAAAAGAGAUUUACCGUGAAAAGCAUGGUGACGUAGCAGCAAGUUACAACAAUCUGGGAAUUGUUUACAGUUACCUUGGCCAGUACAGUGAAGCUAAAGAAUACUAUGAGAAGGCUCUCAUCAUAACAAAAGAGAUUUACGGUGAAAAGCAUGGUGACGUAGCAGCAAGUUACAACAAUCUGGGAACUGUUUACAGUGACCUUGGCCAGUACAGUGAAGCUAAAGAAUACUUUGAGAAGGCUCUCAUCAUUAGAAAAGAGAUUUACAGUGAAAAGCAUGGUGACGUAGCAGCAAGUUACAACAAUCUGGGAACUGUUUACAGUUACCUUGGCCAAUACAGUGAAGCUAAAGAAUACUAUGAGAAGGCUCUCAUCAUUAGAAAAGAGAUUUACGGUGAAAAGAAUGGUGGCGUAGCAGCAAGUUGCUAUAACCUGGGAAUUGUUUACAAAAACCUUGGAGAGUACAGUGAAGCUAAAGAAUACUAUGAGAAGGCUCUCAUCAUUACAAAAGAGAUUUACGGUGAAAAGCAUGGUGACGUAGCAGCAAGUUACAACAACCUGGGAACUGUUUACAGUUACCUUGGCCAGUACAGUGAAGCUAAAGAAUAUUAUGAGAAGGCUCUCAUCAUUACAAAAGAGAUUUACGGUGAAAAGCAUGGUGACGUAGCAGCAAGUUACAACAACCUGGGAACUGUUUACAGAAACCUUGGACAGUACAGUGAAGCUAAAGAAUACUAUGAGAAGGCUCUCAUCAUUAGAAAAGAGAUUUACGGUGAAAAGCAUGGUGACGUAGCAGCAAGUUACAACAACCUGGGAUUUGUUUACAGUGACCUUGGACAGUACAGUGAAGCUAAAGAAUACUAUGAGAAGGCUCUCAUCAUUACAAAAGAGAUUUACGGUGAAAAGCAUGGUGACGUAGCAGCAAGUUACAACUACCCGGGAACUGUUUACAGAAACCUUGCACAGUACAGUGAAGCUAAAGAAUACUGUGAGAAGGCUCUCACCAUUAGAAAAGAGAUUUACGGAGAAAAGCAUAGUGACGUAGCAGCAAGUUACAACAAUCUGGGAAAUGUUUACAGUUACCUUGGCCAGUACAGUGAAGCUAAAGAAUACUAUGAGAAGGCUCUCAUCAUGACAAAAGAGAUUCACGGUGAAAAGCAUGGUGACGUAGCAGUAAGUUACAACAAUCUGGGAACUGUUUACAGUUACCUUGGCCAGUACAAUGAAGCUAAAGAAUACUAUGAGCAGGCUCUCAUCAUUAGAAAAGAGAUUUCCGGUGAAAAGCAUGGUGACGUAGCAGCAAGUUACAAAAAUCUGGGAAUUGUUUACAGUCACCUUGGCCAGUACAGUGAAGCUAAAGAAUACUAUGAGAAGGCUCUCAUCAUUAGAAAAGAGAUUUCCCGUGAAAAGCAUGGUGACGUAGCAGCAAGUUAAAACAAUCUGGGAAUUGUUUACAGUUACCUUGGCCAGUACAGUGAAGCUAAAGAAUACUAUGAGAAGGCUCUCAUCAUAACAAAAGAGAUUUACGGUGAAAAGCAUGGUGACGUAGCAGCAAGUUACAACAAUCUGGGAACUGUUUACAGUGACCUUGGCCAGUACAGUGAAGCUAAAGAAUACUAUGAGAAGGCUCUCAUCAUUAGAAAAGAGAUUUACGGGGAAAAGCAUAGUGACGUAGCAGCAAGUUACAACAACCUGGGAAUUGUUUACAGAAACCUUGGACAGUACAGUGAAGCUAAAGAAUACUAUGAGAAGGCUCUCAUCAUUAGAAAAGAGAUUUACGGUGAAAAGCAUGGUGACGUAGCAGCAAGUUACAACAACCUGGGAAAUGUUUACAGUGACCUUGGCCAGUACAGUGAAGCUAUAGAAUACUAUGAGAAGGCUCUCAUCAUUACAAAAGAGAUUUCCGGUGAAAAGCAUGGUGACGUAGCAGCAAGUUACAACAGCCUGGGAAAUGUUUACAGUGACCUUGGCCAGUACAGUGAAGCUAAAGAAUACUAUGAGAAGGCUCUCAUCAUUAGAAAAGAGAUUUACGGUGAAAAGCAUAGUGACGUAGCAGCAAGUUACAACAAUCUGGGAACUGUUUACAGUUACCUUGGCCAGUACAGUGAAGCUAAAGAAUACUAUGAGAAGGCUCUCAUCAUUAGAAAAGAGAUUUACGGUGAAAAGCAUGGUGACGUAGCAGCAAGUUACAACAAUCUGGGAACUGUUUACAGUUACCUUGGCCAGUACAGUGAAGCUAAAGAAUACUAUGAGAAGGCUCUCAUCAUUAGAAAAGAGAUUUACGGUGAAAAGCAUGGUGGCGUAGCAGCAAGUUGCUAUAACCAGGGAAUUGUUUACAGAAACCUUGGACAGUACAGUGAAGCUAAAGAAUACUAUGAGAAGUCUCUCAUCAUUAGAAAAGAGAUUUACGGUGAAAAGCAUGGUGACGUAGCAGCAAGUUACAACAAUCUGGGAACUGUUUACAGUUACCUUGGCCAGUACAGUGAAGCUAAAGAAUAUUAUGAGAAGGCUCUCAUCAUUAGAAAAGAGAUUUACGGUGAAAAGCAUGGUGACGUAGCAGCAAGUUACAACAACCUGGGAACUGUUUACAAAAACCUUGGACAGUACAGUGAAGCUAAAGAAUACUAUGAGAAGGCUCUCAUCAUUAGAAAAGACAUUUACGGUGAAACGCAUGGUGACGUAGCAGCAAGUUACAACAAUCUGGGAAAUGUUUACAGUUACCUUGGCCAGUACAGUGAAGAGAAAGAAUACUAUGAGAAGGCUCUCAUCACGACAAAAGAGAUUUACGGUAAAACCAUGGUCACGUAGCAGCAAGUUACAACAAUCUGGGAAAUGUUUACAGUUACCUUGGCCAGUACAGUGAAGCUAAAGAAUACUAUGAGAAGGCUCUCAUCAUGACAAAAGAGAUUUACGGUAAAACCAUGGUGACGUAGCAGCAAGUUACAACAAUCUGGGAAAUGUUUACAGUUACCUUGGCCAGUACAGUGAAGCUAGAGAAUACUGUGAGAAGGCUCUCAUCAUUAGAAAAGAGAUUUACGGUGAAAAGCAUGGUGACGUAGCAGUAAGUUACAACAAUCUGGGAACUGUUUACAGUUUACCUUGGCCAGUACAGUGAAGCUAAAGAAUAUUAUGAGAAGGCUCUCAUCAUUAGAAAAGAGAUUUACGGUGAAAAGCAUGGUCACGUAGCAGCAAGUUACAACAACCUGGGAACUGUUUACAAAAACCUUGGACAGUACAGUGAAGCUAAAAGAAUACUAUGAGAAGGCUCUCAUCAUUAGAAAAGAGAUUUACGGUGAAAAGCAUGGUGACGUGGCAGCAAGUUACAACAAUCUGGGAAAUGUUUACAGUGACCUUGGCCAGUACAGUGAAGCUAAAGAAUACUAUGAGAAGGCUCUCAUCAUUACAAAAAGAGAUUUACGGUGAAAAGCAUGGUGACGUAGCAGCAAGUUACAACAAUCUGGGAAAUGUUUACAGAAACCUUGGCCAGUACAGUGAAGCUAAAGAAUACUGUGAGAAGGCUCUUAUCAUUACAAAAGAGAUUUACGGUGAAAAGCAUGGUGACGUAGCAGCAAGUUACAACAACCUGGGAUUUGUUUACAGUGACCUUGGACAGUACAGUGAAGCUAAAGAAUAUUAUGAGAAGGCUCUCAUCAUUACAAAAGAGAUUUACGGUGAAAAGCAUGGUGACGUAGCAGCAAGUUACAACUACCUGGGAACUGUUUACAGAAACCUUGGACAGUACAGUAAAGCUAAAGAAUACUGUGAGAAGGCUCUCAUCAUUACAAAAGAGAUUUACGGUGAAAAGCAUGGUGACGUAGCAGCAAGUUACAACUACCCAGGAACUGUUUACAGAAACAGUGCACAGUACAGUGAAGCUAAAGAAUACUGUGAGAAGGCUCUCAUCAUUAGAAAAGAGAUUUACGGUGAAAAGCAUGGUGACGUAGCAGCAAGUUACAACAAUCUGGGAAAUGUUUACAGUUACCUUGGCCAGUACAGUGAAGAGAAAGAAUACUAUGAGAAGGCUCUCAUCAUGACAAAAGAGAUUUACGGUAAAAACCAUGGUGACGUAGCAGCAAGUUACAACAAUCUGGGAAAUGUUUACAGUUACCUUGGCCAGUACAGUGAAGCUAAAGAAUACUAUGAGAAGGCUCUCAUCAUGACAAAAGAGAUUUACGGUAAAAACCAUGGUGACGUAGCAGCAAGUUACAACAAUCUGGGAAAUGUUUACAGUUACCUUGGCCAGUACAGUGAAGCUAAAGAAUACUAUGAGAAGGCUCUCAUCAUUACAAAAGAGAUUUACGGUGAAAAGCAUGGUGACGUAGCAGUAAGUUACAACAAUCUGGGAACUGUUUACAGUUACCUUGGCCAGUACAGUGAAGCUAAAGAAUACUAUGAGAAGGCUCUCAUCAUUAGAAAAGAGAUUUACGGUGAAAAGCAUGGUGACGUAGCAGCAAGUUACAACAAUCUGGGAAAUGUUUACAGUGACCUUGGCCAGUACAGUGAAGCUAAAGAAUACUGUGAGAAGGCUCUCAUCAUUAGAAAAGAGAUUUACGGUGAAAAGCAUGGUGACGUAUCAGUAAGUUACAACAAUCUGGGAACUGUUUACAGUUACCUUGGCCAGUACAGUGAAGCUAAAGAAUACUAUGAGAAGGCUCUCAUCAUUAGAAUAGAGAUUUACGGUGAAAAGCAUGGUGACGUAGCAGCAAGUUACAACAAUCUGAGAAAUGUUUACAGUGACCUUGGCCAGUACAGUGAAGCUAAAGAAUACUAUGAGAAGGCUCUCAUCAUUAGAGAAGAGAUUUACGGUGAAAAGCAUGGUGACGUAGCAGCACGUUACAACUACCUGGGAACUGUUUACAGAAACCUUGGACAGUACAGUGAAGCUAAAAGAAUACUGUGAGAAGGGUCUCACCAUUAGAAAAGAGAUUUCCGGUGAAAAGCAUGGUGACGUAGCAGCAAGUUACAACAAUCUGGGAAAUGUUUACAGUUACCUUGGCCAGUACAGUGAAGCUAAAGAAUACUAUGAGAAGGCUCUCAUCAUGACAAAAAGAGAUUUACGGUGAAAAGCAUGGUGACGUAGCAGUAAGUUACAACAAUCUGGGAACUGUUUACAGUUACCUUGGCCAGUACAAUGAAGCUAAAGAAUACUAAGAGAAGGCUCUCAUCAUUAGAAAAGAGAUUUACGGUGAAAAGCAUGGUGACGUAGCAGCAAGUUACAACAAUCUGGCAAUUGUUUACAGUCACCUUGGCCAGUACAGUGAAAGUAAAGAAUACUAUGAGAAGGCUCUCAUCAUUAGAAAAGAGAUUUACGGUGAAAAGCAUGGUGACGUAGCAUUAAGUUACAACAAUCUGGGAAUUGUUUACAGUUACCUUGGCCAGUAGAGUGAAGCUAAAGAAUACUAUGAGAAGGCUCUCAUCAUAACAAAAGAGAUUUACGGUGAAAAGGAUGGUGACGUAGCAGCAAGUUACAACAAUCUGGGAACUGUUUACAGUAACCUUGGCCAGUACAGUGAAGCUAAAGAAUACUAUGAGAAGGCUCUCAUCAUUAGAAAAGAGAUUUACGGGGAAAAAGCAUGGUGACGUAGCAGCAAGUUACAACAACCUGGGAAUUGUUUACAGAAACCUUGGACAGUACAGUGAAGCUAAAGAAUACUAUGAGAAGGCUCUCAUCAUUAGAAAAGAGAUUUACGGUGAAAAGCAUGGUGACGUAGCAGCAAGUUACAACAACCUGGGAAAUGUUUACAGUGACCUUGGCCAGUACAGUGAAGCUAAAGAAUACUAUGAGAAGGCUCUCAUCAUUACAAAAGAGAUUUCCGGUGAAAAGCAUGGUGACGUAGCAGCAAGUUACAACAGCCUGGGAAAUGUUUACAGUGACCUUGGCCAGUACAGUGAAGCUAAAGAAUACUAGGAGAAGGCUCUCAUCAUUAGAAAAGAGAUUUACGGUGAAUAGCAUACUGACGUAGCAGCAAGUUACAACAAUCUGGGAACUGUUUACGGUUACCUUGGCCAGUACAGUGAAGCUAAAGAAUACUAUGAGAAGGCUCUCAUCAUUAAAAAAGAGAUUUACGGUGAAAAGCAUGGUGACGUAGCAGCAAGUUACAACAAUCUGGGAACUGUUUACAGUUACCUUGGCCAGUACAGUGAAGCUAAAGAAUACUAUGAGAAGGCUCUCAUCAUUAGAAAAGAGAUUUACGGUGAAAAGCAUGGUGGCGUAGCAGCAAGUUGCUAUAACCAGGGAAUUGUUUACAGAAACCUUGGACAGUACAGUGAAGCUAAAGAAUACUAUGAGAAGGCUCUCAUCAUUAGAAAAGAGAUUUACGGUGAAAAGCAUGGUGACGUAGCAGCAAGUUACAACAACCUGGGAAAUGUUUACAGUGACAUUGGCCAGUACAGUGAAGCUAAAGAAUACUAUGAGAAGGCUCUCAUCUUUACAAAAGAGAUUUCCGGUGAAAAGCAUGGUGCCGUAGCAGCAAGUUACAACAGCCUGGGAAAUGUUUACAGUGACCUUGGCCAGUACAGUGAAGCUAAAAGAAUACUAUGAGAAGGCUCUCAUCAUUAGAAAAGAGAUUUACGGUGAAAAGCAUAGUGACGUAGCAUCAAGUUACAACAAUCUGGGAACUGUUUACAGUUACCUUGGCCACUACAGUGAAGCUAAAGAAUACUAUGAGAAGGCUCUCAUCAUUAGAAAAGAGAUUUACGGUGAAAAGCAUGGUGACGUAGCAGCAAGUUACAACAAUCUGGGAACUGUUUACAGUUACCUUGACCAGUACAGUGAAGCUAAAGAAUACUAUGAGAAGGCUCUCAUCAUUAGAAAAGAGAUUUACGGUAAAAAGCAUGGUGGCGUAGCAGCAAGUUGCUAUAACCUGGGAAUUGUUUACAGAAACCUUGGACAGUACAGUGAAGCUAAAGAAUACUAUGAGAAGUCUCUCAUCAUUAGAAAAGAGAUUUACGGUGAAAAGCAUGGUAACGUAGCAGCAAGUUACAACAAUCUGGCAAAUGUUUACAGUGACCUUGGCCAGUACAGUGAAGCUAAAGAAUACUAUGAGAAGGCUCUCAUCAUUAGAAAAGAGAUUUACGGGGAAAAGCAUGGUGACGUAGCAGCAAGUUACAACAAUCUGGCAAAUGUUUACAGUGACCUUGGCCAGUACAGUGAAGCUAAAGAAUACUAUGAGAAGGCUCUCAUCAUUAGAAAAGAGAUUUACGGGGAAAAGCAUGGUGACGUAGCAGCAAGUUACAACAACCUGGGAGUUGUUUACAGUGACCUUGGCCAGUACAGUGAAGCUAAAGAAUACUAUGAGAAGGCU